GAUACACAGGAGGCCUGGCAUGCUGCAAUUCAUGGGGUCACAAAAAGUCGGACACAACUGAGUGACUUAACUGAACUGAACUGAAAUAUAAGAAACCAUGCUUAACAUAUUAAUGAUUAGAACCCCAACUUGUCUACCAUCUCCAUGGCCACAGUUCUGGUCCUUCAACACUCAUCUGGACAACAUCGGUGAUCUCCUCCUGGACUCCUGCCUCCUUCCUUAACUCCAAAGUCUUUUCUCCCCAGCCUGAUGGAGCCCACUAAAACUGGUUAACGCCACGUACUUCCUUUUAUCCAAACCUCUCACUACCUCCAGAAAUGAUGCCAGACUUCUUAGAUAGCCUCAUCACAGGCCCGAUUACUGAUCCUCAGUUCUUUGUUCUUAACAUAAAGAUGGAGGCCUCCUGUAUGUAUCCUGUUCCCACCUUAGUCACAUGUCCAAACAUCUGCAUAUGCUGGGAUCUGUUCCUGAGAUAACCUUCCACACCAGUUUACAUCGGUUGUCUGGAGUGGGAAUACUUCUAUGUUACCCCUGUCCGGCCCCUAGGACCCCGGGCUUGGGGACAUCCUCAGGAUCCCCACACUCAAGCCCUGAGAAUAUACAAAGGGAAGAGUCUCAAUACCCAACACCCAGACACUUUAACAGCAGUGUCCUUACCACUGAGGGAUGGAGACACCCUCUCCUGCCGUGAGUGGGAUCCCUCAGUACGUUAAAACCUCCGGAACCUGUGGGAAAAGGAAGGGAACUAUGGCUGGGCUCCAGGUAUGCAGGAAUCUCCUGUACCCCCACCCACGCUUGGGACCUGGUGACCUCUGCUUAACUUCGGUCUGCUUCAGCCCUCAGGGCUGCCCCGCGGCAGGUCUCUGCUCUUGAGCAAGGCCUCUGGUUCCCUGUGCCUCAGCGUCCCCAGCACCCACACUCCAGCCUACUCCCGCCUCCAGACGUAUCUGUCUAUCUUCUAAACGAUGGCUCAGACAGUCAAGACUCUGCCUGCGAUGUGGGAGACCCGGGUUCAAUCCCUGGACCGGGAUGUCCUGAAGAAAGGACAUGGCAACCCACUCCAGGAUUCUUGCCUCCAGAAGCCCGUGGACAGAGGAGCCUGGCAGGCUUAUAGCCCAUGGGGUCACAAAGAGCGGGACACGACUGAGCGACUACCAAACGCUAACAUAUCACGCGCCCACCAGCCUCCAAGGCCUCAGCAAGAAGGAGCCACCCUCCUGCCCAUCCUGAGGCACUCGGCCGCACUGCUGACUGGACACACAACGAACCCAGAUUUCCGAGUCCUCCCGCCCAGGGCUGACCGCCAAGCCUCUACCCGGGCCGGGCCCUCCGCCCGUGACCUUGCCCACGCGCCGCCGUCACACUGUUCGUCAGAAACAGGGCCCCACCCACGGCCGCCCGAGAGGCUGGGCCUGGGCUGCAGGCCCGGGAGCGGUGCCCGGCACCCUGGGCUUCAGCGUCUGGCGGAGCGUUUACCUGCGGCGCGUCCCACCGCGCGGCCUCUGCCUCCUGAGUCGGCGGGCGCAGCGUGGCUGGAGCGGCCUGAGAGGACGGGGCGCUGGGCACGGGGUCCGUAUUCCGGCCUGGUCCGGUCGCCUCCAGGGGUGUCGCCAGCCUCGGGCCUGUCUUUGUGGCGGGGAAAGGAGAGCGGCCCCUCCACUGGCGCUUCCUCAGACCCAUCACCCCGUCCUGAACCAGCACCUCGUGAGAACAGACCCAGGGCGGGCAAAAUGGCCGCGUAAAGAAGGCUGGGAGUCCCUGCU